AUGUUACGCGGACAAGAGUCACCACUUUGGUGCAGUGCCGCUGUUGCACAGAAUCAAAGCAAAGACUACGACACGUACCCGUAUCCGACAGCAAAUGACCGCGAAACAUUGAGUGGACAACCAACACCACCAUAUCGAAACGAUACCUCACCAGGACAUUUGAGCGCCUAUUCACAGAUCACUUAUCAGACUCAAAAUCAGAGCCCCGAUCUGCAAAUGUUGGAGACGGUGAAGCCUGGACAGUUGGUGAUGCAACAAACGCUAAAAGAAGUCGAUUUCACAUGGGAUGCACCGAUGCCGGAUGAUGCUUUAAACUAUGUGCCGAAGCCGACAAGCGAACUUCAACCCCGAUCUCGACACAAUACACUCACACUCAAUCAACAGGACUCAUUUGACUCGAACAAUAGCGAGGAAGAGUUUUUCAAUCAGCCGACGCACGAUCGUCGCGCUGUUUCUUUCGGUGGAACGUCACAGUUCGCUCGUCGCUUCAAUCGUCACAACACUUAUAACCCAAAUUUGCUCGUCGUUCGCUCACAGUCGGGAAGCUUGUACGACAGUUCGGAGAAUCUGGGCGCUGGACCAAACUCAACAACGAUCGUUGGAAGCCCGGAUCCGACCGGCUUCUCACCCGGAAUGGCUUCACCGACGGGUUAUGGCGGCGGAAUUGCUCCAUCAUCCGGCGCUUCGGAUACUUCGGAUCCUGGCCAACCUCAGGGGAAAAAGAGUGCUACGAGACGAAACGCUUGGGGCAGCAUGUCAUACGCGGAUCUCAUCACUCAAGCCAUCAUGCAAAGCCCGGAGAAACGCCUCACACUCGCACAGGUCUACGAAUGGAUGGUUCAAAACGUUCCCUAUUUCCGUGACAAAGGCGACUCGAACAGCUCGGCUGGAUGGAAGAGGAAACGGUUUUUAGCUGUUUGCGAGCUGUUGAAACGGGAUCAAUCCUUUAAAAGGGCUAAAACCAGGCCUGGGCAACCUGCAGCUAUAGCUCAGCCGGUAGCGAGCGGGUUUAUAAAUCGA